AGUGCCGCUGGCCGAGCAAGGAGGGAAAGAUUAUGGUGUCUUUUUCGGAACUCUCGACUGUCUGCUCGGGCGAGGGGGACAUUUUUGUGCAGUGACUUGGACAAGCUGGUGAAUUUUCUUGUCUUUUCCUCCACCUUCCUUCAAUGAAAGCGAACUUCUCCGGACUCGAGAACCCCCAGUGCCUCGCCAGCGCUUCUCGCCGCAGCAUUGAAGUUCCUCGCUUGAAAACACUCGAGAGGGCGAGUUGUGUGUGUGUUGUGAAGUCUUAAGGAAAGUGACCCGAGCUCUUCAAGGAACAUCUCUCGCUCGUUAACCCCACAACGAGCUUGUACGAUAGUUUUUAAUCAUUCUUUUGGCUGCGAGAGGAAUUAAGUGUCGAGAAAACGGAUACAGCUUCUUUGACAGUGCUUUGGAGUCUUACAUGUGUUUCACCAGUUCUCCAAGGAGCCGGAUCAGCGCCAGGGAAUCACGGAGUGAGGGCGAAGUGAGCGUCGCUUGGGCCUGGAUCAUGUCCUAGGAGGUGCGGCUUCCGGUGCCACGAUGCCUGAGAGUUCGAGCAGCUGCCACCUGUGCCACAUCCACGACCACGCGCCGGGGUCAACGCUGCUCCGCACCCAUCCUCUGCGCGCCUCGCAGACGCGCUCCCGUAACCCGAGCACAUCCACUACGACCCUCGGCCGCGGCAACGGCCACCACUCGCGGGACCACGUGCACGCCCACCACUCGCGCGACCACGCCCAUGUCCAUCACUCGCGUGAGCACAGCCGGGAGGUGGACGCCAAGCAUGCCAAGGUGGCGAGCGCCCUGGCGAGGCUGAGCGAGCGCUCGCACUCCCUGCCCGGCAGCCGCAACAGCACGCUCUCGCGCGAGCCCGAGGUCUCCAUCCUGCCCGACGGCAACGUCCACGCCCUCGCGCACCACCGGAGCCACAGCGGCAGCGAUGGCCACAACUCGACCAGAUCGCGGGCGGAGUACAACAAUGGCGUGCUGGCGGCUCUGUUGGAAACGCGGGGCUCCGGCAGCCUACCCCCCCACCACCCCCACCGGGAGCCUGACCUCCUGACCGCCCUCCCCCGCACACAUAAUGGCAGCAGGACGAGUACCUUGUCUCGUCACGACCUUCACCCCCACGGGAGUAACCUCACCUUGGCGCAGGACACCGAACAGGACUACUACAUGCAUGUACACCGAGCCAGGUACAAGGAUGAGGCGAGGAAGCAGAGGUUCAACCUACAGACCUUCAUGCUCAUUGGCUGCUACACGAUGCUGUUCGUAGUGGCCAUCAUCGUCGGGGUAGUGUUGUGCCAGCAGAACGGCUGGCUCAGUUUCGGACGCAGCAGUGAUGACCAGGCUUCCAGUGAUGCUACGACCAACCAGAAGGACUCCAGUACAUCCUCCAUGCGAGACCUUGACAGCCCCACCCGAGGAGGGGGUGGAAACCGAAGGAACCGCCCAGGUCCUACUAUAGACUACGAUUAUCCUCUAGACCAACCACCCCGAAUCAACUCCGCCGGGUUCUUCCCGGGAUUUAAUGACCCUUCUGCCACGGUGCCGGACGGGCCCAAGGAUGGCGUUGAUCCCCUCCGCACAGUCAACUUCAGGGUUCCCGGAGAGCAGGGCAAUGCAGGCAACGGUGGAAGCAACCUUCGAAAUCGGGCAGGGACGGGGGUUGGUGGCAAUGGUGGAGGGCAGGGUGCAGGUGCCAAUGGGAACAGGGCAAGGGGAGUGAAUGGGGAUUUUCCAGGAGGAGGCGAUGGUACUCUAGGCAGUAACGGUAACUUAGGAGGUAAUGGCAACCUGGGAAGCAAUGGUAAUUCGCCAGGUGGAGUCAAUGGCAAUGGUAGGAGAAUACCCAAUGGUAACAGAGGGAGAGCAGCCAACGGAAACUUUGCGGGAGACAGCGGAGUGAAUCCUCCAGCGGGCAGUGGUCCAGGGUCAAACAAUGCUGGCAGUGGGAAAAGCAUCAAUUCAAGAGGCCGAAAUCCAAACUCAGGUACUUUUGGAGGACAGAACGGCAAUGGAGGUCUGUCGCUCAACAGUAAUCCCUUCGACACUUUUGGCACAAACAGAAACGGGGAAUUCGGAGACGGCGCUUCUUCAGAUAUCAGCGGUUUGCCGCAAAAUGGCCGCGGAAACUUCCAGAACCAACCAAACGCUGCUGGUGGCAAUGCUAAUAACCAAAGAAAUCUGGGCACAGGAGCUGGUCUCUUGAACGAUCCCAGUGCCAAUCCUACAGGAGGUCAGAACACGGGAUUGGGUAGUGUCAAUGGGCCGGGAAGCAAUUUUGGCCCCAACUCUGCCAUUGGAGGAAAUGCCAACAGUCCUAAUAGUGGCUUCAAUUCCGGAGGUGGAAUUGGCAACCAGGAGGCGGAUUUGGCAACCAAGCAGGAGGUGGAUUUGGCAACCAAGCAGGAGGCGGAUUUGGCAACCAAGCAGGAGGUGGAAUUGGCAACCAAGCAGGAGGUGGAAUUGGCAACCAAGCAGGUGGAAUUGGCAACCAAGCAGGAGGCGGAUUUGGCAGCCAAGCAGGAGUUGGAAGAGGCAACGAACCUGGAGGUGGAAUUGGUAACCUACCUGGGGGAGACUUCGGCAAUCAACCUGGAGGUGGAUUCGGCAACCUAA